GCUUCAUUAGGACGAUCCCUCCACCUCUUUGUUCCUCCCACGACUCAUCGUGCGUCCACCGUAGGAGGGAUGCCGCCACCGGAGGUCCGCCGCUCCAUCAAGCGCUCGGCGGUGUCUGAUCAGCAGAGGCGGAGGGAGCUAGCGCUCCUCCGCCAGACUCAGCAGCGUUCUGACUCCCAGAACCGCGCCCGACGGCUAGCCUCCUCCGUCUUUACCCUUUCCUCCUCCUCCUCCUCUGACCUUAUCCUUCCGGACAAAGACAUCCUGACCCGGGCGGCGGAUUCUGAGGAGCACGAGGCUCAUUUAGAUGAGUCUGUGGCGCCGGCGAGGGAAUUGAACGUGGUGCAGGCCUCUAAGCUCAAGGGUCGGGAGGCUCGCCAGUGGUUUGCACGACAGCUUAUGCUUCCGGAAUGGAUGAUCGAUAUACCUCCUAAACUUGAUCGUGACUGGUAUGUUUUUGCCAGGCCUGCUGGAAACCGUUGCUUUGUUGUUUCCUCUAAUGGGACAACAAUUAGUAGGUUGAGGAAUGGAUCUGUUCUGCAUCACUUUCCGUCUUCAUUGCCCAACGGCUCUAGGACCAGAGAUAGCUCUGGUCCUGCGAGUUCUUAUUGUGUAUUAGAUUGCAUAUUUCACGAGCCCGAUCAAACAUACUAUGUGAUUGAUAUGGUCUGUUGGAGAGACUACUCGCUGUAUGAUUGUACUGCAGAAUUUAGAUUCUUUUGGUUGAACUCAAAGCUUGCAGAGUCUGGAGCUUGCAAUUCUCCAUCAACAUAUCACAGAUACCGAUUUUCUGUUGUUCCUAUCUAUGAUUGUAAUCAAGCUGGUCUACAUGCAGCAUAUUCUACUUCUAUGCCUUAUACUAAAGAUGGCGUACUAUUCUUUAACAAGCAUGCACAUUAUCAAACAGGAAAUACACCUUUAGCUCUUGUGUGGAAAGAUAAUUACUGUAGCCAGUAUUUUCUUGAUACAGAUAGCCAAGGUUUGGUGCCAACCCAGCAACAGGUUGUCUUGGAAAUGCAAGAAGAUGGUAAAUUAACAACCUCUGAUGAUCCUCCUGUUGUGUUUGGUAGCUUAGAGGUUGAUUUCAUUCAGAAGUCAGAAUUUCGAGCAGGAAACCUCCUUCGAUUUGCUAUUAAAGAUGAAAGUGUGAGAGUUGUAGAUGGAAAGCUAGAGCUUGGUGAUUUGCAAUUCAUAAGCAAGUCUAACCGUGCACGAGCAUUUGCUGAUAGCUACUCUAAGGUUUUCUUCCAGUAUGCUGCUCGACAUUCUCCUCUUAAAAUCGAGGAUAUUGCCGCAUCUAUUCUACCAAAUCUUCCUGAUGACAGCCCAAUUGUUGAUGUUGAGAUGGGCAGUUGAGAUCCUAAUACAUUGUAUGCCCCUCCCGACAUUUACACCUCUAACCAAAAGAUUGCUGUUUUCCCUUGACGUCUUUCUGUUUUCUCACUGGAUAAAAGUUGAAUCUCCAUGGGAGCUGCCAAAUUGGCUCCGGGCUAGGCAAAUUGUGGUUCCGGCUGUGUCGAUAUUUGUGCUUAUUGAUAUAUAUCAGUCAUUUUUAUC